AUGGCUGCAGACUGGCUACCAGGAGGUGAUGGCAGGCAAAGAGCUUCUGGAAGUCUGUCCAGACCAGUGCCGAAAUGCUACUGCGUAGCCAGUUGCCCAGGGGUUACUGUCAUGGUUCAGGAUGACACCCAAGUACCUUUAAGAUGUGUGUGUAGGCCUAGAUACUCUGUCAAGAUACCACCACUUGGUGUGGUAUUUGUUCGCUGUGUAGAAGUAGCUGUAAGUUUACUUUACGUGGAUAGCUAUGGCUUCUUCUUGUUUGGAUGGGUGGCCUCUGUGUAUAAGGUGGAUCUUUGGCCUCUGUUUAAACCUGCAGCUGAAUACCGGCCAGUUAUUCUGGUGCAGCUGGGACAAGCAGAUAUAAAAUGCCCGAUCACCGAGUGCAGCGAACACCUGGAUGAAACAACUGUCCUCUGUAACCUGCCCCACGACGACAUCAUCAAGUAUAAAUAUUUCCUGGAACUCAGCCGCAUUGACUCCAGCACCAAGCCAUGCCCUCAGUGCAAGCACUUUACAACCUUCCGGAGGAGAGGCCACAUUCCUACCCCUGCCAAAUUGGAGAACAAAUACAAAAUCCAGUGUCCAUCUUGCCAAUUUGUCUGGUGUUUCAAGUGCCACUCUCCCUGGCAUGAAGGCGUUAACUGCAAAGAAUACAAGAAGGGAGACAAGCUGUUGCGUCACUGGGCCAACGAAAUCGAGCACGGGCAGAGGAAUGCCCAGAAGUGUCCAAAAUGCAAGAUCCACAUCCAGAGGACAGAAGGGUGUGACCAUAUGACCUGUUCACAGUGUAACACUAAUUUCUGUUACCGUUGUGGGGAGAGAUACCGCCAGCUCCGGUUCUUCGGAGAUCACACCUCAAACCUCAGUAUCUUUGGAUGCAAAUACCGCUACCUCCCCGAGAGACCACAUUUAAGGAGAUUAGUGCGAGGCUCUGUCUGUG